AUGUCUCGUCUUGAAGCUAAAAAGCCUCUGUUAUUUAUUAGUGAACCUUUAAAUAAAGAUACAGUUAGUCAGUCACUGUCUCUGCUGACUGGAAUAUUAAAAUCUUGCUAUGGUCCUGCUGGUAGACUCAAACAGCUCCACAAUGGUGUGGGAGGCUAUGUUUGUACAACUUCACAAUCUUCAGCUAUACUCAGUCGUCUUUCUGUCAGUCAUCGUGUGCUGAGUGUUUUGAUGGCCUCUGUACAGAACCAUAUAUCCCGCUUCAGUGACUGUGGCUUAUUUACUGCCAUUCUGUGCUGCAGUUUGAUUGAAAACUUCAAAAGCCUGAAUGUUGCACCUUGCAUUGUCAUUAAAAUAAGUAAGCAUCUUUUGAGUUUGUGUAUGGACUAUCUCAAAUCUGAGGCCUGUGGUUGCCGAAUAUGGGUAGAUUUUAGCAGCGUUGAGACUCUUCUUUGCUUGGUACGUAGCAUAUUGACAAGCAAACCUGCUUGCAUGCUUAAUAAAACUGAAGUUGAUCAUCUCUCCACUCUGAUUUUAAAGGCUUUUUUAUUUACUGUUCCAUGUCAUGUGGAGAGUAAUGCUGUUUUAGGAAAAUGUGUAAUAGUACCUGUGAAAGGUAGAAGAGUUGUGGAUUCUGUGGUUCUUCCUGGUCUACUGAUAGAAACACCAGAAAUUCAAUUGGCAAAACCACCUACUGUCAAAAGAACUUGUUCAAACAUGAUCAGGAUAGCUCUUUUCUGUGUGUCCAUGUCAGGAGACAGCUUCAACCCUGAAGAAGGAACUAUAACAGUCCAUCAUGGAAUUUCUAUAGAAACAUUAGAGCUGAAUCAGUUGCUUAAUGUAGGAAAGCAGCUGGUUAAUGAUGAGGUUGGCCUUGUAGUGUGCCAGAAAGUUAUCCAUCCAUCCUUGAAACAGUAUCUGAAAGAAAACCAUGUCAUCGCUGUGGACAGAGCUGGGCUAUCUCUGAUGGAACCUCUGAGUCAGAUGACAGGUUCAAAGCCUAUAGCUUCUGUACAUUUGUUGUCUCCUAGUUGUUACGGCAGUUUGAAAGAUGUGCGCAUUGAGAGUUUUGCUUCAAAAUAUUUUGUGCAUCUGAUUCCUAAUGAUACAGUUGUCUGCAGCUUGAUACUCUGUAACAGAAAUGAAACAGCAUGGGAUGAGUUGAAGCGUACCUGUGAAACUGCAGAACAUGUGUUACAGUUAACAAUCAAGGAACCUUUGGCAUUAUUAGGAGGUGGCUGUACAGAAACUCACCUGGCUUCAUACAUAAGACACAAGAGUUGUAGUCUGUCCACCAGCACCUUUAGAGAUCUAGAUUGUUCUCGGACACAAUACCAAUUGGUUGCUGAUGGUUUUUGCCGUUCCCUGGAGUCUGUAGCUUGCUCUCUGAAUCAUGAUGAAGGAGAAAUUCUUACAGACAUGGUUUAUGGACACUGUUGGUUUGUUCCAUCAGGAUUUCCCUCUGUCUCUAAUUGGUCAGAUUUAGUUUCAAAAUGUGGCUGUGGGAUUAACGGUAACACUGAGAAUCUCAACUGGAGGCUUUUGCAAGGCCAGUUUGACUCUCCUACUAUACAGGGCUGCCCUAAAGAGCUCUCAGUAAAGGUUGUGGACUUUCUGACAUUGGACUGUUUUGCUGCGAAGUGUAGUGGCCUACAAGUAGCUCUGGAGACAGCCAAUCUGAUUUUGGAUCUCUCAUACGUAAUUGAAGAUCAAAAUUAGGUCUAAUCUUAUGUGAAUCAUGUUGCACACCAAGAUACUUGAUUGAAAGCAGAGUAAUAUAUAAUGUGUUAAGAUACUUCAAAUGGUUAGAAUGUGUGCAGCAGACAGGAAUAUUAAAUCAGACAGUUGACCAUUAAGUACUCAACUGACAGUUAAUCUGCUGUGCCUUCAAGAAUUUUUAAAUGUUUAACUUUUUGUUAGGAACUGUUAAAUGAUUAGCUAAAUAUACAGUAAAUCAUAGUAAUGUAUGACUUAAGAGUAUUAAAAUUCAUGUAUUCAAAAGAGCGAAUGACACUUUGAUAUUCCUCUGCAUUAAGCAAAGUUUUGGAUGUAUGUUAACUCUGUGGCAUCUUCAAAGGAAUAGAAAGAUGGAUUCACUUGCUGAGAAAAUACAUGUUAUGAAUUGGAAUUUAUGUAGGCUCAGCAAAAGCUUUACGUACUGAAACAGACUUGUAUUGCAGCAGAACUUUGUCACUGAUAUUUUUAAUUUUGUAGGUAAAAAAGAGGGCUUUCCUUACAAAUAUCUUGAGCCACUUGUUUUCAAAUUGUAUUCUGAAGUUCUUGGCACCACGUACUGUAUGCAGUGUUUGUUUCUAAAUGUCUGGAAGAUUUUAAUUCAUUUAUGUAAUUUAUUUAGCAAGUUUUUAAAACUCAGCCUGGAGAUCUUAAGGUAGCAGGUAGGUAAUAGAAGAUUCGAAAAGAAAUGGCAGACUGUGUGGAAAAAAACUUCUGUGAAGUGGACCUUGAUUGUCUUCUGUGGAAUACAGCACAGAUUAUAAAUAAUGAUACUUCUAUCAUUUAAGCAAAGCUGCAAGUUAGUGUCCCACUUACCAUUCAAUUAACUCUUUGACUGUGCCUAGCUUCUUUUCUUUUAAUGAAGUAAGGUAUUAAGCUGCUCAGACUUGUUUUGAUCUUUAAAUAAGGCUGUAGACUGAAUGAUCAAAACUUUAUUCUCAUUUUCAGUUUGCAUGUAAGACCAAAAGGGGUGGUACAGUUUCUUGCUUCUAACUCAUUUUCUUUGUCCCUUCUCCCUCUUUGUUUUCAGUCACAAGGGACAAAUUGUUCAUGACAUGCUUUUCCAGAAAACCUCUGAGUUGGCUAUAGACUAGUCUGCUUAUUUGUUUCCUGGUCUCUUUAAGUUUUUAAUAUAUUUACUGAGUAGAAGCAGUUGAAUUGUUAUGUAAAGUCAGUUUUGAAAUAUAUAAUUAAAAACAUCUUUACAGACCUUUUGUACAAAGUCCUUCUCAUUCUAAGAGCAAAAAUAAUAAUUUUCUCACUGGAAAAAAUGAGAAUUUAUUUAAAAUUCCUUAUCUUUUUAUGACCUGAAAUAUUGUUUCAGUGCUGUAAGGCAUCAUUUGGGAUUUUGUUGAAGAAUGUUAACAAGGGUUGAGAUGGAAGCUGGUUACUAAAAUGGCACCUUUCAUAUCUUGAUCCUCCCAUAUACCAUGAACCAUGUGAAAACAUCAGGAAUAAUGAAGCCAAAUGAUGGUGUAUAUCUUAAGGCACAGAGGAAUCUUGGUGAUACUUCAUGUAAUUAUGCGUCUCUAACUCAGAGUGUUGAAUUAGAGUAUUUUACUUCCUAUAAUAGCAGCUUGUUAUGCAGUGCAAAAAUGUUGUUUAGUGACUACAGCUGUGAAGUGAAAAUUAAAACAAUAUUUAAGUUGAA